AACUGUGGUGUCAGACUUGCGCCUUGGUGAAAGCUGGAUUUUUUAUUUAUUUAUUUAUGUAUUUAUUUAUUUGUUCUCUGUUAAUGUUUGUAGUGGGAGAGUUUGUUUAUGUUGUGAAGGGCAGGUCCACACACAGGCGGCGGGUGUUUUUGAGACAGUGCGGGAAGCGGGAAUCCGAGGAAAUGUGGUGAUACAUCAGCAGGUGAAGAGGGGAAUUAGUGCAGUCGUGCUGGAUCAGCCGGUUUAUUCUGUGUUUCCAUGCGGGUUUACCUCAUGGCAGCCACAACAUGUUUCUUUCGUGCCUAGGACCUCCGAUUUCAAGAAAGCCACGGAGCGGCACGCUGCACCAUAACAAGGCUCCUUGGAGAUAGAGGAAUGCAAAUCUGCAAUCAUGAUGGAAGGAUUGAAAAAACGCACCAGGAAGGCCUUCGGGAUACGGAAGAAAGAAAAGGACACUGACUCUACGGGGUCACCAGACAGAGAUGGUGGACCACAGAAAAAGACCAACGGCGCUCCAAAUGGCUUCUACGGGGAGAUUGAUUGGGACAGAUAUAACUCGCCUGAGGUAGAUGACGAAGGAUAUAGCAUCAGGCCAGAUGAGGAUGAGGGAGCAGCCCCCAAAGAAAAGUCUCACUUUUUCUCCUCCAGUGAGUCUGAAGAAGAGGAGGACCAUCGCAAAAAGUUUAAGAUCAAAAUCAGACCGCUGCCAGCAGACACUAACAUUGCAGCUCCCUCGGUAGAUGAAUUAAAAGCCUCCAUAGGCAACAUAGCUCUGUCUCCCUCGCCUCUGAGACGUAGCCCGGGGGUGGCAAAAAGAAAUCCCGGUGAAGAAAUUGCACGACCGAGACGUGCUGUUCCAACGCCGGCACCAGCUCCCGCCCCUUCCCCAACACCUGCACCUGCACCCCCUCCUGAGCCUGCUAGUAAUAAGAAAUCUCCAGUGCCAGAGGAUGCAACAGCCUUAUUCGGCCCUCCCCUGGAGACAGCCUUUGAUGAGCAGAAGACCAGUGAAGUGGUGAUAGAGGAACCUGAGGUUUGGGGUGCACCCCUGCCUGAGCAACACCUAGACUCCUCUCUGGCAAGACCUUUUCCUACAGGAACUCUGCCUCCGCUUCCGCCUAAGAAUGUGCCGACCUCCCCCCCUCCGAUUGAAUCUCCUGCUACAGAACCUACCGAUGGGCAGAAAGAAGAGGAGAAUUCAAGACAGACCUCGCAGAGGCCCUCAAUAGCUGACCUGGACAACAUCUUUGGCCCAGAAGACUCUCCAAAACCUGAUCAAGAUGUUGGAGAUAAGUGGGUCUGCUUCAACGACGAGUCACCUGAAGGACCUCCUUCAGAGGGAGAGACAGCACCUCCACUCCCCUCAUCUCCACCUCCCCCAGCAGAACCGGCACCCCCAUUACCUAAAUCGCCCCCUCCAUUAGAGGAGCCAAAUCCUCCUUUACCAAAAUCUCCACCUCCUCCUGCAGAGCCGGCACCUUCUCCUCCUUCCAUUGAGUCACCAAAGGAUAGCCUCCCACCUCUCCCGCCAGUUCCCAAAGACACCACUCCUUCUCCUCCAACUGUCCCACCUCCUCCAGUUGAAGAGGCCCCACCCCCACCGAAUUCAGAUGAUCUUUUUCACUCCAAAACAGACUUUUCGCCAUGCGCUCCUCUGACAGAGACCCAAUCAGAUGUAAUCAACAGCUCGCCGACCACUGUAGAGACAAGUGAACGCACAAUCCCUCCACCCUUGGUUCUGAACCAAGAGGACAAGAAGAGCCCUGAGGAGACCCCAUCAAAAGAGGACCCAAGUGAGAGCUGCAUUUCACCCAAAGACAUUGGUCAAGGACCACGUUCGACACCUCCUCCUCCACCACCUCCCACGUACAGGGCGGUAGUGUCAUCCCCGGGGCCCAUACCUCCAGCUGGUUCGAGUGGAAAUGAAAGUGGCUCCUCCUCCCCUGCACGUCCCUCUACGCCAUUGGCUACCAGCAGCUCUCCCCCUCCCCCUCCCCCACCUCGGCCACCCUCACGACCCAAAUUGCCUCCUGGAAAACCAAGCGUAGGGGACGUGAAUCGGCCGUUUAGCCCCCCUGUACACUCGUCAAGCCCCCCUCCUCUGGCUCCGUUGGCCCGUGCAGAAAGCACCUCUUCAAUCUCCUCCACCAACUCUCUGAGUGCCGCCACCACUCCCACCGUCGGUAAAGAGCUCUCCGUGUCUGUGUCAGAAGAUGACGCUUUUGUAGACAAACUUCCCAGCUUUGAGAGACGGGCAGACAUGCCAGCAGAGACAGACCAGCCCUCCCUCGUGUGGUUUGACAGAGGCAAGUUUUAUUUAACCUUUGAAGGCUGUUCUCGAGGGCCCAGUCCCCUCACCAUGGGGGCCCAGGACACACUGCCUGUGGCUGCAGCUUUCACAGAGACAGUCAGUGCCUACUUCAAAGGAGCUGACCCUAAUAAGUGUGUGGUGAAGAUCACUGGAGAGAUGGUGUUGUCCUUCCCGGCAGGCAUCACACGACAUUUUGCAAAUAACCCUUCGCCUGCUGUGCUAACCUUCAGCAUAACCAACUACAGUCGUCUGGAACACGUCCUUCCUAACCCUCAGUUACUGUGCUGUGACACUACGCAGCCCAAUCCCAACUCAAAGGAGUUCUGGGUGAAUAUGCCAAAUCUAAUGACCCAUUUAAAAAAGGUGGCAGAGCAGAAACCACAAGCAACUUACUACAAUGUAGACAUGCUGAAAUAUCAGGUGUUACCGAAGGGUCUACAGUCCACUCCUCUAAAUCUAGCAGUGAGCUGGAGGUGCGAGCCCACCAGUACCGAUCUGAGGAUAGACUACAAGUACAACGGUGGUGCCAUGACCACUCCUGUCGCCCUCAACAACGUUCAGUUCCUCAUCCCUGUGGACGGAGGCGUCAGCAAACUGCAGGCUGUGCUUCCCCCAGCUGCCUGGAAUGCGGAACAGCAGAGAAUCUUAUGGAAGAUUCCCGAUAUUUCUCAGAAGUCUGAGAAUGGAGGUGUGGGAUCUCUGCUGGCCCGUUUCCAGCUAACAGAGGGUCCGAGUAAACCCGCCCCGGUGGCAGUGCAGUUCACCAGUGAGGGCAGCACUCUGUCAGGCUGUGACAUUGAGCUGGUCGGCCUUGGAUAUCGUUUUUCCCUCAUCAAGAAGAGGUUUGCAGCAGGAAAAUACAUGGCGGACAACUAAACCAACGCCAUGCAAGUCUGCAUAUUUUGGACCAAUUCUGAAUAUACUUAAAACACAGGACAUGACCCCUACCUGACCUUAUGGAUAAACCUUUGUAGAUGUACAAUACAGGUGGACCUCACACACACACUCCAGCAGUAUUAUAUGAGUUGCAUUAUAAAAUGUGGACCGUUUUAGGGUGUACUUCUUAUAUUUGUGGACUGUAUUCACUUUGCAACAUCUGUAUUACGGCAGUUAAACUUUGCCCAUGGGUUUGUUCGUAAGGUUUAGCCUCUAUUUCUGUCCAACGUGUUAUUGGCUGUGCCUACCUGAACCUGAAUUCUCUGUAUCCUUCUCUAAAAGUGAUACUGAACAUGUGAUGUUUUUAUUACUCUAUGCAUUCAGUUUGUCAAAAGUAUCACAUUUUUGAACAAGGUGGCAAAUUAAGUAGGGUAAACAACUGAGGAAUGAGCCUCUGCCACAAGAUGGCGCUAUACUGUUGCAUGUAGUAUGAGGCCUGCAUCGGAUUUUGGCAUCGCUCAAGCUUACUUAGUCACGAAAACGUAUUCAGGAAUAUCUAUUUUAAUUUACACAGUGCAGUCAGGUUGAUUAAUUGGAAAACGAUAGAAAUUAUAUUUUGUCAAAUCUGUUUUUAGACAGCCACAGCUUUAAAAAUCUCCUGCUUGCAAUAGACUCACAAGAAAAAUGGUUUUCCUCAACAGAAAAGUUAUUUUAAAUUGAUAAUAUAUAUCUCGAAGGCCGUUUCGGUGUUUUCUCGUAUUGUUAAAUAGCCUUUCUGUUGUUCCCGAAGGAACGGUGUUAGACAUCAGAGUACAUGACAUCAUUCUAUUUUUAUUUAUUCAUGAUUUGUUGUAUAAAAGAAGAAAAAAAACACGAAACGAGUUACACUGUAUAUGAAUAGACUUUGAAUGGUAUCAUAAUUUAGGAUCCUUGAAGUUUUGGACUUUUUGUUAUCUGUGUAGUUGGGUAAGCUGUGUACAGUAUAAUGCUGAGGUAUAAUUUUUAAAUUUAUUUCAGAUCUCAGAUCUAAUUUUUUUAACUCAAGUGCAACAGAAAAUUUACGCUAUAUAUAUGGGUCGGGGGUGACAUUUAAAAGAGAAAACGAAACAGGAUACUGUAUCUACCUAGAUGCGUCAUGCUUAAUGUUAUUACAGUGUUAUGUAUAGCAGCACUAUUAGUUCAACAUGGAUCGUCAGCUUUUGGACAUUGUAAAUUCUUUUAUCAUUCACGCAGAUGUGUUCGUAUCCAGCCUCUCCCCCACAGCACAUAUUCUUGAGUGUCCUGAGCAUGAGCACCCCUGCGCUUCAGAACAUCUUUAUUUUGCAAACGGUAACGGUCUCUGUGAGAUGACAAGGUUCUUGAGUGGUUAAAUGACCAAAAUCGCUUUUUCUUUUCGUUUGUACAUCUCCAGAAUUGUCCUUUAAGAGAAAAUAAGCUGCAUAUUUUUUAAAUGUUUAAACCUAUGAAUAAAGUGAAAAAUAUUGUUUCUUGUGGAAAAAAAAAACAUGAAAAGGAAAAAAAACACUGUGUUACUGUUUAACUUCCCAGAUGCUCUGAUGUUCAAUGUCAAGAACAAACAUUUCGGUUACAUCUUUGAGUGUCUGAUGUAGACGUCGUGAUGGUUUGGAGAAGAAUAUACUGGUGCUUUGUGAUUCAUAGGUUUCCAUCCACAUUUAACGUUAAGGAUGAGUGUCGCAUUGCAUAUUUUCUGAGCACUGUAACUAAAGGGUUUUUUAAUGCACUGAGUUCAAUCGAAGAACAAUUUGGAGACUGUCGGCUCAAAGAAAAAAAAAAACUAUGAAUUCAAUUCUGUGUAGUGCUUAAUCAGUAUGUCUACAUGGUCUAAAGUGAAACGUCACUCAGAUGCGCAAAAGAAAUGAGAAAACUCGUGUCAGUUUCGAUGUAGAUGGAGCUGUGUGUGAAUGUUGAAUUGCAUUAGUGUGUGUGUAGGAGGGAGAGUUUGUAAGUGUGUGUGUGUGUGUGUGUGUGUCUGGCUGUCUGGUAACUGUAAAUCAUCUCUUCCCAGCAACAUGUGCAAGCUGUGUUUGUACAAAAAAAAAAAUGUUAAG